CCUACUACUAGAAGGCCCUUUCCGCUAAUUUAUGCUCCGGCGUCUCUUAUCAUAUGAUAACAAAUCUCACCUUGAUGCUCACUUGUUGACAGCCCUUGGCGGUCGCCGUGUUUUAUCGUGGCCGCAUGUGCCAAUCUCGGUUAUUCAAGCAAAACCCUUGUCUGACAUCGUGUGUGCUAACCGUGUGCAGUAGCUUUACAUCGUGUUUGCGGGUGCAUUGAGUGUGAAUCUUCCCGCGAUUUUACCAUUAUCCGGAAACAAUGGCCCAAACUGCUGUGAAAGUUGUCGUCACCGGGGCUGCCGGUCAGAUCGGCUAUUCACUCGUCCAAAUGAUCUGCCGUGGCGAUGUCUUCGGGCCGAAUACACCAGUUGUUGUGCACUUGCUCGAUAUAACGCCAAUGGUUACUGCGCUCGGUGGACUCGUUAUGGAGCUUGAAGACUGCGCCUUUCCAUUACUGAAAGGCAUUGUGCCAACAGACUGCGUUAAAACAGCAUUCACCGAUGUCGAUGCCGCUUUUCUCGUUGGGGCUAUGCCCCGCAGGGAGGGUAUGGAACGCAAGGAUCUGCUGUCGGCGAACGUGAAGAUAUUUAAAACGCAAGGACAGGCCCUUGACCAGCAUGCCAAAAAGACUGUCAAGGUGCUCGUUGUCGGUAAUCCGGCCAAUACCAACGCGUUGAUGUGCUCCAAGUAUGCGCCGUCUAUUCCAAAGGAAAACUUCACAGCGAUGACACGGCUGGACCAGAACCGUGCAUGUGCCCAGAUCGCAAAGAAAAUCAGCAAGGGCGCCGAACAGGUGAAAAAUGUUAUCAUAUGGGGUAACCAUUCGUCGACUCAGUUCCCUGAUGCGUCGAACGGUAUUGUAUGCGAUGACUUCAGUUGUCAGAGAGUGCCAGAAGCUGUUAAUGACAAUGCAUACCUUCAGGGCGACUUCAUUACCACGGUGCAAAAACGUGGCCAGGCCGUGAUUCAAGCUCGGAAGCUGUCAUCAGCAAUGUCAGCUGCAAAGGCUGCCUGUGACCACAUGCGUGAUUGGUGGAAUGGCACAAAGCCUGGUGAGUAUGUAUCAAUGGGUGUUAUCUCUGACGGCUCGUAUGGGGUCGCCAAGGAUGUCAUCUUUUCGUUUCCUGUCGAGAUCAAGGACCGUCAGUGGAAGAUCGUUCAGGGUUUGACUAUAUCACCGUUCGCCCAAGAGAAACUCAAAAUCACUGGAGAUGAGCUGCUUCAAGAAAGAGAAGAGGCUUUGUCGGUGUGCCAGGAUUGACUCAAGGCAACGUCUACAGCUAAACUAUAAACUUUCAUUAACGACAUUAUUAUAAUCAAUAUUGUAGACUUCUAACGACUGAGAAACGGGUGUUACAGAAAACGUAAGCGGAUAUAUUAGUCACCGAGAAGCACAAAACUGGUUUCGUAAAACUGAGGCUACUUAGUCGAAAACUAUUUUGCGCUGCCACAAUCACCUUCUAAUGUGAAACACUACGCGACUAAAAUUUAUCAAAAUAAUCUUUAUAUCAAGAAAUAUCAUAUGUACGGCCUUAUAGGGAGAAAAACUUCUGAUCGGCCGUGCCCAACGAGACUCCUUGGCAUCUACGUUUCUGGCAUAUACACGACUAAAGAAGUUGAUCAGAAAGCGACUUGGUUUCGGCAUUUCACUUUCUUUCGCAAUUAUUAGUGAUAACAUAGCUUAAUAUAAAAACACUUCAUUAAAAGGCACACUCAGGCCAGUUAACGUGGGGUUAGCUACUAUAGAAUCAUUGGUUUUCUGGAUAUUUUUCACCUCGUCGAUAUGAUCGAUCCAGUUUCUUUUCCCUGCAUGCACGACUAGUGGUAGUCAUCAUGUAUUGGGCUAUUGUUUAAACAUCUGAUCCAUUCCUUGGUUUAUAAAUUUUUAGCUGUAGAUGAACAGAGAAAACUAUGAGUGUAAGAAAAUUGCAGUGAAUGUAUUAUGGGUCCCCGUUCGACCUCAACACGAACAACAAAAAGACGAUAGUUCUGUAACGAAAAUAAAAUAGAAUGUUGAAGCUGUUAUUAA